AAAAAAAAAAACUGCCGUGGUAACUUCCCAAAUGCAAUCUUUCCCAAUCGCCACAAAAAUAGGGCAAACCGGUCUGGUAACUUCCCAUCUUCGUCGGAACUCAAUCACGUAAACUGCACAUUACUCAGCAUUAUAUAUCUCUGUCCCUACUAACUUCUUUCCCUACGAUUCACUUCUUCAAGCAUUAAACAUGUCGCUAAAUUGGACUCCCCUCAACAGGCUCAAUCCUGCAAGACAUCAAGAUGCUGUGAAAUUGAGGCUUUUGCGUCAUUACGAUUUAAAGACAAGAAAUAGCACACAAACAACGGUCUAUGGGCAUGAGGCAAUCUUUCAAGAUGACAAGGGUAAUCGCAUCCAUGCCUUUUGUGAGAAGCCAUUGAUACCACACUUUGCGCCUUUGCUAAAGGAAGGGCAAUUACAUGGGAUAGAAAACCCUAUUGUCUCAAAGAAUACUCAACUUUUGACCGACAACCGGUUCCAACUGACGUUUGUCAAGGAAACACGAAUUUCUGAUCUCAAGGAUGAAAGUUUCCCCAAAACUGUUUUCAAAUUCGACAGUUUCAAAGAACUGAACAAUGUUUAUGAUAUUUCAAGUCGUAUCAUGUUAUUGGAACGGGGUGUUACUCCACAUGAAGUUCUCAGCUUAAGUGCUUCUACAUCGAAAUCAAUGCCGUCACAGUUUGAUGUAAAGACUUUGGAAAAAGUUUGUGAAGAUUUUGAGAAAGGGCGUGUUUGGAUACUGUGUAAAAUUGUUGCCUUUGCACACUAUGGAUCAUGGUGUUAUACCUCCUGCAAAAAGUGUUACAAGAAGGUGAUACUUACAAAUGGAAUCAACUUUUGUGCAGACUGUAACCUAGAUGGCUCUGUUCUCAGGUACCGAUUGCAAGUACGGGUUGUGGAUGAAACAAACAACCUCACUUUGACCUUAUGGGAUAAGCAAUGUAUUCCCCUUUUUGGAAAGCAUGCAGGAGAUUACUUACAUGACAGCGUAUGGCCUUAUGCUAACAUAGACGAAAACCACAGGCGACCUGCAAAGAACAGAGGCGAAUCUAGCGACGAGCGUGCUCUUCUCCGAUUCCGGCUUCUUCCUUUAAAAAAGAGCUUGUUGAAUGGCUUGCCUUUCAUCUGGUCGGUUCAUCCCGUCUUCAACACCCUCUCUUCUUACAACGGCACAUCUAAAGAAGGAAAGGUGGUUGUGUUGGUCAUUGGUGGAGGAGGGAGGGAACACGCACUUUGUUAUGCUUUACAACGAUCACCUACCUGUGACGUGGUCUUUUGUGCCCCGGGUAAUGCUGGAAUUUCUAGUUCUGGAGAUGCUACCUGUGUAUUGGACCUCGACACCUCCAAUAGUUCAGAGGUGAUCUCAUUUUGCCACAAACAGGGAGUUGGAUUGGUUGUUAUUGGGCCUGAGGCUCCUCUUGUUGCGGGCCUCAGUAAUGAUCUUUGUAAGGCUGGAAUCCUGACAUUUGGCCCUUCCUCCGAAGCUGCUGCCUUGGAAGGGUCAAAAAGCUUCAUGAAGAGCUUGUGUGACAAGUAUGGGAUCCCGACGGCAAAGUAUCAAACAUUUAAAGAACCAUCAAAAGCAAAAGAGUACAUCAAACAGCAAGGCACUCCCAUUGUAAUUAAAGCAGAUGGAUUGGCUGCCGGUAAAGGGGUGGUAGUUGCCAUGACACUUGAUGAAGCAUAUGAGGCUGUAGAAUCCAUGCUUGUGGGAGGCGUGUUUGGCUCAGCUGGAUCUCAAGUUGUGGUUGAGGAGUACUUGGAGGGCGAGGAAGCAUCUUUCUUUGCGUUGGUAGAUGGGGAGAAUGCCAUUCCUUUGGAAUCCGCUCAAGAUCAUAAACGGGUUGGAGAUGGUGACACGGGACCCAAUACAGGUGGAAUGGGAGCUUAUUCUCCGGCACCUGUUCUGACUAAGGAACUCGAGUGUGAGGUUAUGGAGUCCAUCAUUGUCCCUACUGUAAAGGGGAUGAGUGCAGAAGGCUGCAAGUUUGUUGGGGUUCUGUAUGCCGGCUUAAUGAUUGAGAAGAAAUCCGGACGACCUAAGUUAAUCGAGUACAAUGUGCGUUUCGGAGACCCUGAGUGCCAGGCAUUAAUGGUUCGUUUGGAGUCCGAUUUAGUCCAGGUCCUACUGGCAGCUUGUCAGGGACAGUUGAACGGAGUAUCCCUGAACUGGUCACCUGGGUCAGCCAUGGUGGUAGUCAUGGCCAGCGAGGGGUACCCUGGAAACUACAAAAAGGGAACAGUGAUUCAGAAGCUGGACGAAGCAGAGCAGGUGGCCAAAAUAUUCCACGCCGGAACAUCUCUUGAUGCGGAGGGCAAUUUCAUUGCAACCGGAGGGCGCGUCCUUGGGGUCACGGCCAAAGGAAAGGAUCUUCAAGAGGCAAGGGACAGAGCGUACCGAGGAGUUGAGGCAGUUGAGUGGCCGGGCGGUUUUUACAGGCGGGAUAUCGGUUGGAGAGCGUUGUCCUUGACACAACACGUCUGCUAAACGUUCUGGGGGGCAUUUUGGUACUUUUG